CUAGCAAACUCCUCGUCGCCGGUCCGACUUCAGUGCACGGAGCUCGAGCUCGCUAGCCAGCAAUGGAGGUGAAGGUGCUGAGCUCCAGGCUCGUCAAGCCGGCCUACAAGGCCGGCGCUCCGGCCACGGAGUACAUCCCUCUGUCCGUCUUCGACACGGUCACGUACCAGAUCCAGAUGGCCAUCAUCUACGCCUUCGCGCCGCCCGCGCCGUCCACCGCCGCCAUCGAGAAGGGCCUCGCGGCCGUGCUCUCCCAGUACCGCGCGUUCGCGGGCAAGGUCGGCGAGUCCCCCGACGGCGCGCCGGCCGUGGUCCUGAACGACCGCGGCGCGCGCCUCGUGGAGGCGUCCGUGGACGCCGACCUCGUCGACAUGGCCCCGGCCAAGCCCACGCCGGCGCUGCUCAAGCUGCACCCGGACCUGGACGCGGAGCACCAGGAGGUGGUGCUGCUGCAGCUCACGCGGUUCCGCUGCGGCUCCCUCGCGGUCGGGUUCACGUCCAAGCACGUCGUCGCCGACGGCCACGCCACCAGCAACUUCCUCGUCGCCUGGGGCCGCGCCACCAGGGGGCUGCCCAUGGGCCUCCCGCCCGUGCACCACCAGAAGGACCUCUUCAAGCCGCGCUCCUCGCCGGCUCGCCCGGAGCACGACCACCGCAGCAGGGAGUACCACCGGCCGUCGCCCGCCGCCGGCCAUCACCACGGGGACGACGGCGCCGAGAGCAACAUCGUCAUCCACAAGGCGCACUUCACCAAGGACUUCAUCGCGGGGCUCCGCGCCAGGGCGUCGGAGGGGCGCGGGCGGCCGUUCAGCCGGUUCGAGACCAUCCUGGCCCACCUCUGGCGCACCAUGACGCGGGCGCGGGACCUGAGCCCCGGCGAGGCGACGUCGAUCCGGAUAUCCGUGGACGGGCGGCACCGGCUGGGGAAGCCGGCGGAGUACUUCGGCAACCUGGUGCUGUGGGCGUUCCCGCGAGCCACGGUGGGCGACCUGCUGGGCCGGCCGCUGAAGCACGCGGCGCAGGCGAUCCACGAGGAGGUGGCGAGGGUGGACGGCGGCUACUUCCAGUCGUUUGUGGACUUCGCGGCCUCCGCAAGCAUCAUGAAUGACACCGGAGGUUCUCAGUUUCUCACCAUCUUAAACCGCAACUUGUCCUAG